AAGUCUUACCCUAGUAGUUGUUUCUUUAAAGUCUCCGUCUUUCUGUCGAAAUCUGAGAACUUUUAUUUGAAUCCAAAGAGAGAGAAAAAAAAACGAAAGCUUGUUUUUGUAUCCGUGUUGAAUGGCGGGUUACAAAGCAGAUGAUGAUUACGAUUACUUAUUCAAGGUGGUUUUAAUCGGCGAUUCAGGUGUUGGAAAGUCCAAUCUGCUUUCUCGAUUCACCAGGAACGAGUUUAGCCUCGAGUCCAAGUCCACCAUCGGCGUCGAGUUCGCCACUCGUAGCUUGACUGUUAAGGACAAAGUCAUCAAAGCCCAGAUUUGGGACACUGCUGGUCAAGAAAGGUACCGAGCAAUCACUAGUGCAUACUACAGAGGAGCUGUUGGGGCCCUUCUCGUCUACGACGUAACCCGACACUCCACGUUCGAAAACGUUGAGAGAUGGCUUAGGGAGCUUCGUGACCAUACCGACCCAAACAUAGUAGUGAUGCUCGUGGGAAACAAAUCUGAUCUUCGUCAUCUUAUUGCGGUUCAGACCGAAGAUGCUAAGUCUUUCGCGGAGAAUGAAUCACUCUACUUCAUGGAAACUUCAGCUCUCGAGUCUACUAACGUUGAGAACGCGUUUUCGGAAGUGCUCACUCAGAUUCACCAAGUUGUGAGCAAGAAAGCAAUGGAGGCUGGUGAUGAUUCGGCUAAUGUUCCUUCUAAAGGAGAGAAGAUUGAUAUUGAUGUAUCGGCUGUGAAGAAAACAGGUUGCUGCUCGAACUAAAAAGACUCGUUUAGUCUCUUGCAGAUUGUUAUGGAUUUGGUCUGUUUCCUCAAAGCUAUGAUCGUUCUUCUUUUAUACAUUCAAAAUUCUUUUGAAGAUGUCUGUUUUUUUAUUAUUAGGAAACAAUCUAUGUUAUGCUUUGCUUGAAAACUGCUUAGGUUUGCUCUGGUUCUGUACUGUUAAACGAUUUUGUAAUUUAACCGGUUUUGGUCUAUGGUUUGUUCACCGUU